AUGGCUCACGCCGCCGCCGCCGCCCUCUGGGACCUCGCAGCCGCCCAGCCGCCGUCGCAGUGGUGCCAGGCCGUGUUCCUCGGCGCCGCCGGCAGCCUGCUGGUGCUGCAGGCGCUGCCGGCGUCUCUCCGCGGCCUCUUGAUGGACUAUGGCCCGCGUGCGACCACCAGGCAGAAACAGCAGCCAGCACCACCGCCGCUCCAGAGGCUCGUCGGCGCGGCCACCCGCGCCGGCCAGGUCCCGCACGCGUGGUUCUGGCACUUUUACCUGCUCUCGGUCGCGGCCUCGGCGUUUUGGGCCUGGCAGUUUGGGACGGGUGGCCGGGUGCUGCGGGCGCUGGCGGAGAGGCAGCAGCAGCACGCGGCGGCGGCGGCAGAGGUUGGGGACGACGACGCGCUGGGACGGGUGGUUGCGGCGUGGGCUAUGAUGGCGCUGCAGGGGACGAGGCGGCUGUACGAGAGCCUGGUUGUGAUGAGGACGGGCGAGGGCUCGUCCAUGUGGUUUGUGCACUGGGUGCUGGGGCUGACCUUUUACGCGGUGAUGAGCAUCAGCAUCUGGAUUGAACGUUCCGCCGCCAUUCUCGCGUUCUGGGAGACGCAGCACCCCGCGCGCAUCCUCGCCUCGCACAUCCUCGCCUCACGCGUCCCCGCGUGCUUGGCCGUCUUCCUGUGGGCCUGGACCAAGCAGCACGCGUGCCACGCGCACCUCGCCAGCCUGAAAAAGUACACGCUGCCCACCGCGGGGCUCUUCCGGUACCUCGUCUGCCCACACUACACGUGCGAGUGCCUCGUCUACCUGACCAUUGCGUUUGUGGCCGCGCCGGCGGGCCGCUUCUGCAGCGGGCCCGUCCUCUGCGGGCUGGCAUUUGUCGUGGCGAACCUAGGGGCGACGGCGGUGGGAACGCGGCGGUGGUAUGUGCAAAAGUUUGGGGCGGAGGCGGUGGCAUCGCGAUGGACCAUGAUACCCUUUGUAUUCUAG